AUGCCUGUUCAAUGGUGCGCGCAUCCAAUCUAUCAUUUACGAAAAACGAAAAUUGGUCCAAAACCAAGUCAUCCUCGUGGAGAUCGACGAAUAGAUGAAGAGUUAGCAAAAUUUAUCAAUGAUUCACAUGGAAUGUCAUCAAGUUCAUCUGUGCAAUCGAUUGAAGAAGACGAUGUUCUAUGUCGAACAUGCUAUGAAAAAGAACUGUCAAGGUUAAAUUUGCAUAAUACCUCUUUGAAAAAUAUUGAAGAAGCAUAUGAAGACAUGCAUAUUGCUGAAAGAAGUGUAAAAAGACGAUGUACAAGAAAUUUGGUCUUCGUGGAAUCAUCAGAUGAUGACUCUUUGUUGGAAAAGAGUUUCGAAUCAUCUUUGUUGCAAACAUCACGAGAAGAUGAAGAGUCCGAUGGAAUUGAAGAUGAAGUUAGACAAAGUAAAGCCAAGAAUUUGCUGAAUGCUGUGUUUGAAGUGUUAGGUCUGCCUAAAGUUUCGGAUUGGCGUACAAUGGGUAGCAUGAGACGCAGUGUAACAAGAGCGAUAGAAAUUAUUAAAGAAACGGCAAAUGAAAUCGACGCAGCUUCUGAAUCUACGAAAUCUAAAAAUGUAUCACUUUCUGUCAGUGAAACCGACAUUUUGCUUGAUGGUAUGAAACUCUUAUUCAAAUCCAGCGACUAUGAUGAACAAACUCGUCUGUUAACCCUGUCUCCACCUUACUGGGGUCGACCUCAAAUUCAAAAAUUCUUCUCAUGCAACGAAUGGCAAGCUCGCAGGGCAAUUGAACUUCGAAGCUCGUUUGGUAUUCUGGCAAAGAUAACAAACUUUAGCGGCAACCCUCCGAUUGAUCCCACAUUGCUUGAUGAAAUUGAAGUAUUUUUUCAAGAUGAUGCAAUCAGUCGUCAAACAUCAAAUAAAAAAGAAGUGAUUCAUAUAAAUAAACAACCAACUCCGAUUCGCUACAUGACGAUGACCGUUGGGCAAGCUUACACAAUUUUUCUUAAAAAUCUGGAAGCCAGGAAUUCUCUUUGUACGGUGUCCAAAACAGUCUUCUACUCGUGUCGGCCAAAAUGGGUGAAAAUACUUACGCCACACGAUGUUUGUGCAUGUAUUUUUCAUGAAAAUUACGAGUUCUUGAUAAAGGCAUGGAAUAAACUUGGCACUUUGAAAAUUGACAGCAAGAUGCUCAUCAAUAAUAUCGUUUGUCAGUUACCAGCUGAGAAAUGUUUCUUUGGUGAAUGUGCUGCAUGCAAAGAUAGUGUGCCUAGUGCAUUUCUCGAACCAUUACUCGGCCAACACAGCCGCUUCGAUGAUUCAACUUGGAUGAUCUGGAGCAAGCCAAGAACGCCACCGACCACGACGGAAAAUCUCUCUUCCAAAACACCUACCAGUAAUCAGAUAUUAUUACAGAAAGUAAAUGGUUCCAUUGCCGAUCUUCUGGAAGAGUUCGAUGCACAAUGGCUUACAUUUCUGAAGCACAGUUACAUUACCACUGAACAAUCGAAUUACAUUCGAACGAUCAAGAAUGGAGCCAGCGAAUCUGAUACAAUCGUCGUUCAUAUGGAUUUCGCUGAAAACUACAGCCUUCAGCAACAAAAUUCAAUAAUGCAAGCGCAUUGGACAACACCACAGGCCACUAUCUUUACAAUUCAUAUUAAAGUCGACAAAGAUAAUCAUCACAGUAUGGCUAUUAUUAGUGAUUACCUUGAACAUAACGUUGAGUUUGUACACGCUGCUCAAAAUAUAAUCGUUGAUUAUGUUCAAAGUUUAUAUCCUUCGAUAAAAAAACUUAACUAUGUCUCUGACGGUGCUCCUCAGCAUUUCAAGAACAAUAAAAGUAUUCUUAACCUGACUUAUCAUUAUAAUGACUUUGGUAUUCCUGCUUCAUGGUCAUUUUGCGCCACAGCGCACGGCAAGAGUGCUGUAGAUGGAAUUGGCGCUGCGAUCAAACAUCGAGCGAAUAAACAAGCACUUUAUGCCAAUUCCUCCUGUACUAUUUUCACACCUGAAGAUCUUUACAAGUUCGCACGACAAAACACAGCAAUUAAUGUCUUUUACAUGCACAAAAACAGAAUCCAGCAAAACAGCGAAAAGUAUCGCCUGUGUUCUCGAUGGAAUCAGCGUGGAGUCGAAGGCAAAUAUCAAAACUUUCUGAUUCAGCUUAUUUGA